UAACCCAAACCGUGCAACUCCACUUAUCCUCUGUAACAUUUCACACGGUGCUAACGUAUUUAUAAAAAUACAGAUUACCAAAACGUUAAAUUUUGAGGAUUUUGGUUUAAUGAAAGGAUGCGCGCUCCCGCCAAAGCGCAGCAUCAGCACCACUCUCCCUUGCGCGCGCCCGCCUCUCGGGAGCAAGUGCAUCGCCAUCCCGGCCGAGAGAGUUGGAGCCGCGCGUGUUAAAGUUGGCUAAAAGACGGCUAAACGAUGUUGUACUGUCCGGUGACGCGGAGAGGAUAACGUUUCAUUCAUCUAAGCGGGUGGCCGAGAGCCACUCCGUCUACCGGAGAGGAUGGAUAUCAAAAUUCUUGGCCCAUGCCUUUUACUCUUUCUCGCCUUUCAGCAUUGCUCGGCACGCCCAUGCUUAGAUCCGCUGGUGUCUCCGCUCUAUGCCUCCGCUUUCCAUGCGUCAUCCAGAUAUAACUUUCUUUACUCUGCACACUUUGCUAAACUGUACGGGAGCAGUGGCUGGUCUCCUUCCCCUCGUGACAGACAGCCAUGGAUGCAGAUAGACUUCUGGACAAAGUAUCGUAUCGUGGCGAUCGCUACUCAGGGUACCUUCAACUCUUAUGACUGGAUGACCAAAUACAUGCUGCUGUAUGGCGACAGACCCGACACAUGGACGCCGUAUGUUAUGAAAGGAGGCAACAUGACGUUGCCUGGCAACUGGAAUUACUACCAGGUAAAGAGGAACGUCUUUCAUUAUGCGUUCACUGCCAAACAUCUGCGUAUCUAUCCCAUGGGAUGGAAUACUGAAAAUGGAGGCAAGAUUGGCCUUCGACUGGAAGUCUAUGGCUGCCCUUACGACUCAUAUGUGAUGCAUUUUGAGGGGAAUGAUAUGGUGGCGUACUCGUUCCCGCGGGGCCGGAUGAGAACACUUCAGGACCAUUAUGCUUUCAACUUUAAGACCCUGGAGAAGGACGGCGUUCUCCUGCAUAGUGAAGGGCUGCAGGGAGACUCCAUCACCCUAGAGCUGAAGACUGGACAGCUGUACUUACACAUCAGCCUGGGGAGCAGCACAGUCCAUAACUCCAAUGGCAUGACCACAAUGAGACUGGGAAACCUUUUGGACACUCAACACUGGCACUAUGUCACCAUCAAGCGCUACGGUCGCGAGGUGAAUUUCACCCUGGACAGCGAGACUGAGACUGCAAUACUCAAUGGAGAGUACCAAUACCUGGAUCUGGACAAACAGAUUUAUGUUGGUGGGGUGAUUGAGAAAGAUUUGCCUCACCUCCCUGGUAAGGUAAACUUUCGUGGGUGCAUGGAGAAUGUCUUCAUCAAUGGAAUCAAUAUCAUCAAAAUGACUCAGUACGAGGAGCCUGAAAUCCGACUGGCUCCUAAAAAGAAAACGAUGCAUUUUAACUGCCGGGACCUCCUCUGGAAGCCCAUGACCUUUGCGGGGCCCAACAACUACCUGCAGCUCCCCGGGUUCUUUCGGAAGAACCGUUUGGCGGUGAAGUUUAAGUUCCGCUCCUGGGACUACACAGGCCUGCUGAUGUUCACCAGGUUUGCUGAUGAUUUAGGCUCUUUGGAGCUGGGGCUCAGUGAAGGACAGGUCAACGUCACUAUCAUGCAGCCUGGAAACAAAAGAUUACGCUUUGCUGCAGGGUAUCGUCUGAAUGACGGCUUCUGGCAUUCAGUGGACCUGGCUGCCAAAGACAACUUACUGUCCAUCACAAUAGAUGAAGAUGAGAGUUCACCGCUGAAGAUCACCAACCCUUUUAUGGUCCGUACAGGAGACCGUUACUUCUUCGGGGGUUGUCCUAAGACCAAUAACACGGUUCGCUGUGUCACAAAGCUGUCUCGCUUCCACGGCUGCAUGCAGCAGAUCUUUAUAGAUGAUGAGCCUGUGGAUGUAGAUGUCAUGCUGCAGAGAAAAUGGGGCAGAUAUGCUGAAGUCCUAAUGGGCACCUGUGGAAUUACAGAUAGGUGCUCUCCAAAUCCAUGUGAACAUGAAGGCAGAUGUAUUCAGUCCUGGAAUGACUUUCUGUGUGUAUGUAACAACACAGGCUAUAAGGGAGAGGUUUGUCAUAACUCGGUGUACAGAGAGUCAUGUGAGGCUUACAGACUGAAUGGGAAAUACUGGUCAGGAAACUACACCAUAGAUCCAGAUCUGAGUGGACCACUGAAGCCUUUCACAGUCUACUGCAACAUGAUGCAAAAAUCAUGGACUGUUAUCGAGCACAACCGCAUGAAGAGCACCAAGGUGAGCGGCUCCACUGUGGAUCGACCGUAUAUAGGAGACCUCCAUUAUGUAAAUGCAUCAUGGGCUGAAGUCACUGCCUUAGCAAACACCUCGCUCUACUGCGAACAGUGGAUUGAGUUCUUGUGCUACAAGUCCCGCCUACUCAAUACUCCACGUGAAAGGCCGUACACUUACUGGAUUGGUCGAAAUAACGAGAGUCAUGAAUAUUGGGGCGGGGCUUUCCCUGAGAGUGGAAAAUGUGGAUGUGCUGUCAAUCAAACCUGCACUGACUCCAAAUACUGGUGCAACUGUGAUGCUGACUACCGCCAAUGGCAUUCAGAUAAAGGAUAUCUGUCAUUUCGAGACCAUCUGCCCAUCAGGAGGAUUAUCAUAGGUGACACAAACCGAACUGGUUCAGAGGCCCGAUAUAGUGUGGGAGCACUGUACUGCCAUGGAGACAGGAGUAUCUGGAACACCAUAGCAAUCACCCAGCCUCAAUAUCUGACGUUCCCCACCUUCAAACCCGGCACCAGUGCCGACAUAACGUUUCACUUCAGGACCUACCGCACCAACGGAGUCUUUGUGGAAAACUCAGACGACCACCUCCGCAAUUUCAUACGAAUAGAACUUAACUCCACAACCGAGGUGGUUUUCAUUUUCAUGGUGGGUGAUGGGAUUCGAAACGUGACCCUGCGCUCUCCCAAACCUCUCAACGAUAAUGAAUGGCACUACGUGGAGGCUGAAAUCAAUGUGAAAAUGGCACGUCUCAAAGUGGAUUUCCAUCCUCCGGCCAUACACAAGUUUCCAGGCCAGACCUACGUCACCAUGAAGUUCACACAACCUCUGCUUGUUGGUGCGGCCAAUCACACCUUGCGGCCCUUCUUGGGAUGUUUACGGGGGUUGCGGAUGAACGGGGUGCCUGUGGAUCUGGAGGGGAAGGUUGAUGAGGGGAUAGGAAUACGAAGGAACUGCACUGGAGCUUGUCUGAACGCUUCCAUACCGUGUCGAAACGGAGGCCAGUGUAUUGAUGGGUAUGCGGCAUACACCUGCGACUGCAAUAACACGGCCUUUGAUGGCUAUUACUGUCAUUUAGAUAUCGGGGCAUUCUUUGACGUUGGGGCGUGGCUACGCUACGACAUCCGUAAAGAGCCGAUUUCGUUCGAUGCGUGGUGGGCACAUUACUGGAUCGAGCCACACUGGCACCACUUCAUGCUCGGCUACAACACGACAACCGACGACAUAGAGUUCAGCUUCAGCACAACACAGGCCCCAGCUGUGCUGCUGUAUAUCAGCUCAUUCGGCAAUGAUUACAUCGCUGUGCUGCUCAAGAAAGACGGUACACUAUCAUUGAGAUACCGUCUCGGCAUAAUAAACUAUAAAUUUAAAUUGACUGACAGAAACAUGGCUGACGGCUUUCCUCAUUUUGUCAACAUCACCCGACACAACUACACUGUAUGGACACAGGUGGAUUAUAUGGAUCCAUGGAUUGAGAGGUUAAUACCAGGAGAGAUCCCCAGAUUUGACUCACCGAAAUCCAUAUUUUUGGGCAGAGUCAUGGAGGUGGGAGGUGUAGACUAUGAGAUUCAGAGGCACAACAGUCCUGGUUUCAUGGGCUGUAUAUCAGGGGUCCGAUACAACAUCUUUGCCCCGCUGAGGGCUUAUUUCCGACCCAAUGUGACGAACCCACCCGUCACCACUCAAGGCUAUGUAGUGGAGUCUAAUUGUGGGGCGUUUCCUCCAGUUUUAGGAUACGUCCCCUGGGAGGAUGACCCAUGGUUCACCGGGCUGUUCUUUUAUUAUAUUCAUGAUGAUGUGACCCCGCCCUGGAUGACAUUAAUCGUGACCGUGUCUCUGAUGCUACUCUUCCUGAUCCUGUAUGGCCUCUACAUCUACCUGUACAGGUAUAAAGGCAGUUAUCACACUAAUGAGCCCAAACAGCUGGAGUCCCCCAGCUCCUCCCGGCCCCUCACUGACACCUUGCGCAAGGACAGAAAGAACCUGCCCGAGAUACAAGAGGAAAGUCCAAAUGAAUAACAUACAACAAACUACAGAGAUAUCUCGAAGUGAGGGGUGGUGAUAACUGAGGACUGAGUUACAAAUGUGUUUUUUAUUUAUGGUUUGCCUUUAUGGUAAUGUAUAUAUUUCUUUUCUCUCCCUUGUUUUUUACAGUGUAUCUGAUAUCUGGUGCUUUUUGGCAGGGUUCAAACAGGACAGGCUAGAGAUCAUUGACCAUUCAAUCUAUAAGCACUGGCAGUGUGUGCGUGGGCCAACUGAAGUGCCUCUGUAACAUAGGAAGCUUUGAGAAGAUCAAAAAGUUGUCAUUUCGGCUCAUAAAUGUGUACUGGCAGAAUAAGCCCUUAAGUGUAGAUCAAGUUAAUGCGAGAGAAUCUAAACAAAAUGCACAAAAACCUUCACUUUUGAACUUUUGAAGAAAACAUCACUUCAUGAACACUAAGUAUGAAGGCAAUUGCUUAGAAACAGCUAAUACUACUAAGUGUUCUUGUAUUGUACUGUACACAGCGCUUACACAAGUUGAAAGGUCAGUUUGCAUCAAAUGGCCUUGGCUUCUUUAGCAAACAUGCUUGUGACAAACAUCAGAUAUCAUUUGUGAGGACAUUUUUGUCAAAAUGACACACAUUGUGUCUCAGGGCUGGUUACGGUCAUCAUGAUUCAAUCCACCUCACCUCACCACUGCUACAGCAACACACACCAGCCUUUCCAAGCCAUUGUCUGUCUGUGCAUUCUCAAUACAUUUCAGCACUAAAGGACGAGGAAUCUUCUGAAGAAAAUCUGUUUAUACUUUAGAAAGCGUACACAAGUUGAGACAAAGACACGCUUUAUUGUGUUUGAGCAUGUCCAGUGGAAAUGAUGUUACAGACGAGAAUGAUGAAGUCUAAUCUGUCUAUGUGUUUUUAAGAGCAUACCUUCUGCAGGCCAAAGUAAAAUGAUUUUGUAAUAUUAGUAUACAAUGAAAACGUAUGUUAUGUACUAUCUACGUCACAUCCAGAUCUGUUAUUUAAGAAAAGGUUCUGCAGACUGCACUUCUUUAAUAGCGAGCCAUCUGACACGUAAAGACGACAGCAGGUAUAGAAGCAAUCUGUUGGUUUGUAGCAUUCAGAAAAUGCAUCGGGUUCUUUAAUGUAACUAUCUAGCGUGUAUAGAUGGUUUAAGAUGACAAAAGUACAGACACAGUCCUCCAGCAUGCUCUUAAAACACAGACACAAGAAGGUUUCUUUAGGUUUCUCUGGUUAUUGACAUGAACACUGAGCAGUUCAGCACAAGCCUGGUUGUUGUGGUCAGUGGGCUUUACACAUCAGACAGGACAGAUUCUGUGGAUGUUGGACACCUAUGUAAAGUUUUUUUUUUUAUCAAAUCAAACCAUGCAUUUGCUGUAGGAAACAUCUACUGCUGCUGCUUGUUCUAGCUGCUUUUGAUGGCGGUCCUAUUCAGAGCUUAGAGCACCAGACGUAAAAUAGCCAUUUAAAUCACGAGCAAAUAAGAUAGGACGUAUUUAUAAUGUUUAGAAGCUAUGCAUUUUGCAUGACUACUGCACUUUUUCAUCCAAAUGCAAUAAGAAAAAGAAUCUGCUGCUUCCAGUGCCAGGCACAUGUUAUUUAGUCUGUUUCUUUAAAAGAACUUGAAGAGCUUUUAUCAAAGAGAUCGCAUAAUGUUCACUCACAGAUUCUACUGUUUAUGUUUAUAUAUAAAUAAAGUGUACUUCUCUUUGUAUCAUUAUAAUUUCUAUUGAAAACUAAAGGCAGGCAGGUGUGAGUAUUUUGAUCAGAUGUGAGAGAGUGACUUUAACUUCAUGACCUCUGCCAGGUUUAUAAAACCACUUCUUUUGUGUUGUCUUCUGUGUGAUUUUGUUUGAUCAAAUGUGGGCCUCAUUCUUGUACUUCUCUGUCCUCACAUCCCCUUUUUCAUGCCCUCCACACCAGUGGAAUAUAGACUUUCAAUUUGUUUCAUUUUGAAGUUAACCUUAAGUUUAAACAAUGAAAUGCUGUUGUAAUGUAACAUGUUCCACUCAAGCAGAACAUUAUGUCAAGAGUCUUCCCAUGCCUGACAUUUUCUUAUUUUUAAGUUUAUGAUCAAUUAUUUUGAUAGCACCAAACUAUGUUAAUCGAUAUUGUCAUGCAACUGGCAAGAUGAAGCAACAGACAGCAUAUUCUCAGUGAAUGUUAAUGGAAAUCAAUGGUUUGUGAAGAAGGUGGGCAGUCGCCAUAUUAGUGUAAUAAAAACAAGAAUGAACGUCUUGUUAGAGGCGGUGUUCAGCACUUGAGUGUAUGAUGUAUGUUUGUAUAAAUGAGGUAUUUUGUGUAGUUUCAGAUGCAGUCAAUUGGAACCGUGACCUCAUUGACAAUUUAACUGAAUGUUGGUGGAAACCACAUUGCUUAGCAUGUGGCAGUCCAUUUUUGUUUCUUUUUAGCAAAUGUAUCAAUUAAAUUCAUAUACAUUACACAAACAUCUGUAGUAAAAUAACGUUCCAUGUAUAUACUUAAUAUAUACGUAUAUAUUUAAUUCACUGUGAAAUAUUUUCUUUAUUCAUGGUUUCCAAAUGCACUACAUGUUUAGUCCUACAUGGAGGUGAUACCCGUUCAUCCUUUAUGACCACUGUGCCCUCGAGCACUUUAACACAGGUUGCUUCAGGUUAGUUUGCGUACUGCAGGAUUUUAAAGGCUUAUAAUUCUCUACUGUUUGAAAGUUUCAUGGGAUCCCUCAAAAGCUAUUUCAGUUUAGUGGAUAAGUUGAGCACGUAUUUUCUCUGUUCUUUAGUUUUGUUCUGGUUUUGUUUGUGUCAAACUCAUUGUAAAUGAUCAUGGCUGUAUAGAAUCAACACAAAUCCCCAAAUGACUUAAUAAAAGCCCCUGAAGGAAAGAAAUGUGCUGUGCUGUGCUGUGCUGUGUGACUCUUUCCGUUUGAUACAGGUGUGUGUAAAACAGAUGAGGUAAUAAUUGAAACUAUUACAUUCACAUUAACAAUAUAUGAAUAUUUGCUUAAAUGUUACUGUACUGUAAGUAAUUUACAGGAUUUCUAAUAAAAGAAAAUUUAGUCCCAGUGCACUCAGACUGCUCAGAUUUAUAAAAUCCCUCCUGCAUUAUUUUCUCGCUUUCAGCCUCAUAAGUUUAUUCUUCACCACCUAUUUAUACUAUUUCUUUGCAUAUGAAUUAACAAUAUGGAAUAUAAAAUAUCAAACUCGUGUUACAGGUUUUUUUUCAAUCGCUUUGGCUCAUUUCUCGAAUGAG